AUGGCCUUGUCAUUCCUCCUGAACGAUCUGACCUCCAGCAGGCACAUCUCCCGUGACAACUUUGGCCUCUGGCUCGAGCAGCAACGCAACAUUUCCUUCCACGGCAUCUUGGACAACAUUGGAGGUCUUGGAAUUAAAGGGCCCGACGUUUCUGUAGGAGCAGUGGUGGCCUCCCCUUCCAAGAACAACCCAGAUUAUUUCUACCAGUGGAUCCGUGAUGGUGCCCUAACUAUCAACUCCUUGGUCUAUCACUUAUCCGACAACCCCCUGAUGCUCAAUGAUUCCUGUCAUCGCCUGUUAAAAUAUAUCGUGGAGCAGUACCUUGCUAACUCGUACGUCUUACAGCGCACCAGCAACCCGUCGGGCGACUUUGCCAGCCUCAGCGGUUUGGGCGAGCCAAAGUUUAACAUGAACGGAGAGCCGUUUAACCACCAAUGGGGUCGUCCUCAGAGAGAUGGUCCAGCGUUGAGAAUCCUCACCAUUACAAACUACCUUUCCCUUUUAUCCCGAUACAAACUGGAGUUACACCACGAACUCUUGCAGUCUUCGGAAUGGGUCUUUGACCAGAUUGUGAAACCGGAUUUGAUGUACGUCUGCAACUUCUGGAGAGCCUCCGGGUACGACUUAUGGGAGGAAGUCGACUCGGUCCACUUGUUUACCUCCUUGAACCAGCUUUCUGCGUUGAACGAAGGUAUGAAAGCGGCCCGCUUGUUUUCCAUUGACGACGCUAAACUCAUGGAAACGUUACAACAGGAAUUUAGCCAGUUGCGUAAAUUCAUCACCCUGAAGGCCGGAUUCACUAGAGAUGAUGUGUCUCAUAUGAUCGAGACCCCUAGUUUGUUCCCACAAAAGGGAUCUUCCGGGAGAAGCGGAUUGGACGCCGCCACGAUCAUUGGCGUUCUCUCUUCCCACACGGAAGAUACCUCCGAGAUUCCCUUUGAUGUGGAUGAUUCCCGUGUGUUGAACACCCUCGCGCAGAUGGUGGAUGAUAUGGUCUACCGGUACCCGAUCAACCACCAGUACUUGUCCCUGAGGAAGGAGAAUAUCCCAAUCGGGGUUGGCUUGGGGAGAUACCCAGAAGACGUCUAUAAUGGAGUUGGCUUUGGCGAAGGAAACCCUUGGUUUCUCACGACCGCGUCGGCUGCUGAACUCGUGUAUCGGUUGGUGCUUAAGUUGGAAUCCUCUCACGCCGAUUUAGAAAUUACCGAGGACAAUAUUGGGUUUUACGGGAAGUUUCACGAACAGGGUACGGUUUUGUAUGGCUCGGCUGAGUACAGCUCGGUUAUGCGCAAUUUGAUAGCCUUUGGUGAUUCGUUUUUGGAUGUGUUGAAACAGCAUGUAGACGAUCAAGGGAGGAUGAGCGAACAGUUCAGCAGGUUCGAUGGGUAUAUGAAGGGUGCCCACGACUUGACCUGGAGCUAUAGUGCCGUAUGGAAUAGUAUCCGGUGGAGAGAUCGAGUCAUAGCGGUUUCGCUAAAGUAA